GCUCAAGCCAGAUCUCAUUGUGAUCCGCGAUGCGGCUUGUGCUAGUGCUGUUUAUAUUUAGCAGCAUAGUGUUGGUGCAGGCCCAUCUGCAACGCGCAAAAUUUACGAAUACGCAAAGAAACAGCGAUGGAGCGUGCGAACCUAAGACGGACGAGAAGGACCUGUUAGAAGUGGCCAUUUUGGGUGCCUCAAAGAUUCUCAUCGAUCAUGUGCAAAAACAUAACAAGGGCCAUGUCCUCGAUCCACAACUCUUGCGCGAUAUUAGUGAGCAAGUCAUGGUAGAGUUAAUGGGGGGGGCAUCAAUUCAGGAAAUGGUUGAUAAAGUAAAGAUAUGGUGCUUGGUAAACAGACCUCCUUGUGAUGAUUGUGAACAACCACCCGGAGAUGGAGGCGGAGGUCGACCACCUGGAGGACGACCACCUGGAGGACGACCACCUGGAGGUCGACCACCUGGAGGACAACCACCCGGAGGGGGGAAUGGAAGCGAUGAAGAAUGUCCACCAUGUCCACCAUGCCCAACACCUGGAGGUCACCCACCUGGAGGUCGACCACCUGGAGAUCGGCCACCUGGAGGCCACCCACCUGGAAAUCACCCAACAUGUCCGCCAUGUCCACCUUGCCCUCCACCUGGAGGUCGACCACCCGGAGGUCGACCACCCGGAGGUCGACCACCCGGAGGUCGACCACCCGGAGGUGGAGGUGGAGGUCGACCACCCGGUGGCGGAGGUGAAAGUGGAGAAGGGAGCGAUGAAGGAGGAGGCGGAGGUGGAGGUGGAGGCGGAGGUCGACCCCCUGGAGGCAGACCACCUGGAGGCCGACCACCUGGAGGUCGACCACCCGGAGGUGGAGGUGGAGGACGACCACCCGGAGGUGGAGGUGGAGGUCGACCACCCGGUGGCGGAGGUGAAAGUGGAGAAUGGAGCGAUGAAGGAGGAGGCGGAGGUGGAGGCGGAGGUCGACCCCCUGGAGGCAGACCACCUGGAGGCCGACCACCUGGAGGUCGACCACCCGGAGGUGGAGGUGGAGGUCGACCACCCGGAGGUGGAGGUGGAGGUCGACCACCCGGAGGUGGAGGUGGAGGUCGACCACCCGGUGGCGGAGGUGAAAGCGAAGGAUGGAGCGAUGAAGAAGGAGGUGGAGGUCGACCACCCGGAGGUGGAGGUCGACCACCUGGAGGUGGAGGUGGUGGUCGACCACCCGGUGGUGGAGGUGGAGGUCGACCACCCGGAGGUGGAGGUGGUGGUCGACCACCCGGUGGUGGAGGUGGAGGUCGACCACCCGGUGGCGGAGGUGGCGGAGGUGGAAGUGAGGAAUGGAGCGAUGAAGCUGGGUUCAACUUUCACAUCUAUGGGGAUGGGGAGAUUUGA